UUGGACAGAUGUAAAGGUCAAUGAUAUAAGGCUGACAGGGCAACUGGGGUCCUAUUCGAGAAAACAAGUGAACUUGUCUUCCACUAAUAACUAACACAACAAAACACCUUCACCUUAACAAGGGUCUACCCCUUCUUUUGCCGGCCGAUUUUAAAAAAAAAAAAAAGAAGAAGAAAAAAAAAACAAUAACAAAGGUAUCUCUCUCUUUCCACGUAAGCCUUCAUUCUGCUGGUAAAACAGAUUGAAUUCGGACCAUAUAUAAAUAUAAGGCCACAAAUGCCAUCAUCUUACUGAUUCCUUAGCUUCAAACUUCGAACCAUGUAUAGGAUUCAUCCGGACAGUGAUCAUCAGAAUCGGUGCGUAGGCUUUUCUAAAGGAUUUGAGAAUGUGGUACUAAAUAGUAGUACUAGUAGUAGUGGUAGUAGUAGUCCGUCUGUGCUGCUGACCGUGUGGAAGAGGUCGAGCAUGACUUUCCAAGGGACUGAUGGAUUCACGGUUAUCGACAGCUCCGGGCGGUUGGCUUUCCGGGUAGACAACUACACAAGGAAGGAAUGUCGGGGUGGUGGAGGAGGGGUUGUGCUUAUGGAUGGACAUGGGAAGCCAUUGCUUACAUUGAAACCUCAGAUGUUGAGUAUGCAAUAUCAGUGGAAUGCGUAUAGAGGAGAUCAAGGAUACAGAAAAAGCCCAAAGUUCAGAGAGUUCACAAUGAGAAGGUCCCGAUCGAUGAUCCAUAGCAACCGAAGGGAAUAUGAAGCAGAAGUUUUCAUGGGAUCGUCAUCAGGAGGAGGAGCCAACAAGUAUAAAUACCCAACACCAGAUUUCAAGGUAGAGGGAUCAUUUAGCCGGAGAAAUUGCAAGAUCACAAGCGGCAGUGGCACGUUGGUGGCCAAAAUAACUAGGAAGAGGGUGAACAACACAACAAUGUUGUUGAACGACGAUGUGUUUUGUCUUGUGGUUCAACCGGGAUUCGACCCUGACCUCAUUAUGGCCUUUGUAAUUGUCCUGGAUCGGAUCUCUCCUAAGCCUUUUGCUCCAAUUUUGUGUUUUAAAUCAAAUACCUAGCUACAUGUGAAAACAUUCGGUAGAUCCAGAUUCAUCUUUUAAUUUGAAGUUACUUUUGGGGACAAUCUGCAUAUUCCAUCUGUUCUUUUCUCUUUACAAGAAAUUCAGAUCCCUGUCUCA